AUGAACUGUUGUCCAUGUUUGAGGAAUCGAGGCAAGGAUAACAGGGAUGACAUUAAACUGAAGGAUGGUAAGGGUGAUGGGGAAGAAACGAAGACUGAACGAGAAAAUAGAUAUGUCUUUGAGAACACGGCGGCGGCAGACUCCAACUCGUUGUACGCAUCCCCAGAAGUACUGGAAGAUGAAAAUUUGGGGAUUUAUAAGGCACUGUAUUCCUUUGAGGCUCGAACCGAGGAUGAAAUGUCUUUUGCUGAGGGCGACGUAUUCAGGGUUACUGAGUGGCUAGAGGACUGGUUGACAGCAGAGAAGCUCGUCAAUGGAGUGGUCGUGGACAGCGGUCUUGUACCAAACAAUUACCUGGUCAAGGAACAUGUGAUGGAUAGUCAACCGUGGUUUGUUGGAAAGCUAAAUCGGUUUGAGGCCCAGAAGCUUCUUCAGGAAGCUAAGAAUGUUGAUGGGACUUUUUUGGUACGGCGCAGCGACAAGGAUGACGUUGGAUAUGUCUUAUCUGUGAAGGUUGGUGGUAAUAUGAAGCAUUUGAGGAUUGAUGAGGGAGAAGAUGGACAUUUCUAUGUGGCGAAGAAUCAGACCUUCCCCACUGUGGAGGCCCUGGUCAACUACUACAGCACCCACUCCAUAGGCAACCAGUACAAACUCACAGAGCCCUGUGGACGGAGGAAGCCAGAGGUGCAGAACCUGGUCCAUGUUGCAGAGGACGAGUGGGAACGUCCUAGGAGUGAGUUCACUCUCAAAGAGCGGAUGGGCUCGGGUAACUUUGCUGAUGUCUACCGUGGGAAGUGGAAAGGCGGGAUUAAUGUUGCCAUCAAGAUUCUAAAAAAGAAUGAUGCUCUGGACCACAGCGAGUUCCAGCUAGAAACCCAGAUGUUGAAGAAGCUGAAACAUCGCCACCUCAUCUCGCUCAUUGGCAUCUGCACAGAGUCUUUACCCUACUACAUCAUCACCGAACUCAUGGAGAAGGGAAACCUACUCAACUUCCUAAGAGGUCGAGAGGGACAGGCUUUGGAUUUGACUUCCCUCAGAGAACUGUCCCUUCAGGUGUCUGACGGCAUGGCUUACCUGGAGUCAGAAAACAGCAUCCACCGAGACCUGGCGGCCCGCAACGUCCUCGUAGGAGAGGGAAACAUCUGCAAAGUGGCAGACUUUGGUUUAGCUCGAGUCAUUAAGGAGCCAUUUUAUGUGACGGAUGACAGAAAAAUCCCCUAUAAAUGGACUGCUCCUGAAGCACUCAGCCAUGGGAGAUUUUCCAUCAAGUCAGAUGUCUGGUCAUUUGGCAUUCUGCUCUAUGAAAUCUUCACGUAUGGAGGAGCACCAUACCCAGGUUUGAACAACGGUGAGGUGUACGAUAAAGUCAUCCAAGGAUAUCGGAUGACCUGCCCAAGCAAAUGUCCUGAGUCUAUUUACGACAUCAUGAAGAAGUGCUGGAACAAGUCACCAGAGGGCCGACCCACCUUUAAGGAGCUUCAAUCCCUUCUGCAACCUGACCGCUUCAUGGAUUGGAGUCAAGAGACCCCAGAAGAGUUCUGUGUAUAGACAUUACCGUAUGAAACACAAAUGAAACUUAU